UCACAACCAACAAAUUUUUCAUGACAAUAUCAUGUUUUUCUUCCAAUUAACCAUCUAGAACUACUUUAUAUAUUAAUAUUUCUCCUUCCAGAGCUUGAACAAUUUCCAUGGCGGAAAUGCAGAACCACCAUUCCUCCAUUGAUCCCAGAAGUGGUUACUGUUCUUCAACUCAAAUCUAUCAUAAUCUUCGAGAUAAUUCUUCCCUUCCUUCCCCUUCAAUUCCUCUUUCUUUAACAGAUUACGCUUUCUCUCUCCUCCAUUCUUGUCCUGAAUUCUCCCCUUCUUCCCCUGUCUUUAUCGACGCUUUUUCCCAUCUUUCUCUCUCUUACUCCACCUUCAUCAACCGAGUUCAUUCUCUCUCUUACUCCCUUUCUUUCUCUUACCCUUCUCUUUCAUAUUCUAAAGUUGCCCUCAUUCUAUCUCCUUCUUCCUUCCAUGUCCCUAUUCUCUACUUCUCCUUGCUCUCUUUGGGAGUCGUUAUUUCACCUGCUAACCCUCUUUCAACUCAAUCCGAGUUAACUCACAUAAUUCAACUCGCUCAACCGUCUGUUAUCUUCGCUGUGUCUUCGCUUUCAUCCAAACUCACAUCGUUUAAUCUGCCUGUUAUAUUGCUUGACUCGCCCAAGUUUGACAACAUGAUGAGUCGGGACCGAGUCAGUCGACCGCCGGUAAGUGUGAAGCAGUCAGAUACCGCUGUGAUUAUGUACUCAUCGGGAACAACAGGACGAGUCAAGGGAGUUGAGUUGACUCAUCGGAAUUUCAUCGUUUUACUUUGUGGUUUACGUCACCAGAAGUUAAAUUCCUUGGAGGAGGAAGACAAGAAAGGUCCUGCAGUUUCUCUAUUCAUCCUUCCGCUUUUCCAUGUGUUUGGAUUCUUUAUGAUGCUUCGAGCAGUAUCUAUGGCGGAAACUCUAGUUUUAAUGCCCAAAUUUGAUUUUGAGAAGAUGUUGCAGACUAUAGAGAAGUACAGAGUUACGUACGUACCGGUUUCACCUCCGUUAGUGUUAGCGUUGGCAAAUUCCGAUUUGGUGAAGAAAUAUGAUUUGAGUUCAUUGGAUUUUCUUGGGUGUGGAGGUGCUCCUCUUGGCAAGGAGGUUGCCCAGAAGUUCAAAACUCGUUUUCCUAAUGUGGAAGUUGCACAGGGAUAUGGCUUGACUGAGACAGCAGGUGGGGUAGCAUCAACUGUUGGACCUGAGGAAAGUGAAAGGUAUGGUUCCGUUGGCCGCCUACGAGAAUACACACAAGCGAUGAUUGUUGAUCCCUCUACUGGAGAUGCUUUGCCACCUGGACAGAAAGGGGAGCUAUGGUUGCGUGCUCCAACAAUUAUGAAAGGUUAUGUGGGAGACAAGGAGGCUACUGCUGCAACUUUCUAUCCUGAUGGGUGGUUAAAGACUGGUGAUCUUUGUUACUUUGAUUCUGAUGGAUAUCUGUAUAUUGUUGACCGGUUAAAGGAAUUGAUCAAAUACAAGGGAUAUCAGGUUCCUCCAGCAGAGUUGGAACACUUGCUUCUUUCGCACCCGGAAAUUGCUGAUGCUGCUGUGAUUCCUUACCCAGAUGAAGAAGCUGGACAAAUACCCAUGGCAUACAUUGUGAGAAAACCAGAAAGCAGCAUUACUGCUUCUCAAGUGAUGGAUUUUGUAGCGAAACAGGUUAGUCCAUAUAAGAGAAUACGUCGUGUUGCUUUUGUCAAUAUUAUUCCUAAGAAUCCAUCAGGGAAGAUCCUUCGAAGAGAGCUCGUCAAUCAAGCAACAACUAGUCCAUCUAAGCUAUGACCUAAGGCUUACCAGAGUUAUUCAAGGAAAGCUCGGUUCCAAUAUACUCAGAUGGUAGCAAGGCAUCAGCGUGGCUCGGAUGUGCAAGGCUCACAGUAAUUGUAAAGAUAGUUUUCAGUAGGAUUAUUUUAAAAAUUACCAAUUAAUAUAAGUUGAUGUGUAGAAUUUUAAAUUUAUCGUUGAAAAUCUUCUUAAUAGAAGGCUACAACAAAUUUAGGAUUGCUUUAGCUCAAGGCAGAUCCAAGUUUAUGAGGUAUUAUACAAAUGUGUCGAUUUUUUUUUUUUCUUUUGUGAAUUGCAGAAAUUCAAAUAUUGAAGCAAUAUUGUAAAUGUAAUUUUGCUGGUUGAGCAUUAGUUUUGAUAUUCAUUGUGAUCAUGCAACGAUUUUUCUUUUUUCAACAUUUUAACUUCUUUAGAAAGCAGGCUUUUUAUUUAAAUUUUGACCACA